GAUGAAGAGGAACCAGAGGCUGAAAAGACCAGAUGAAGAUGGAGCUCAUCAGGGUGAACUGGGUGCUCGUGGCGGCGGGGUUUCUCCUGUGGAGCAGUGGAGGGUCUGCUGCACCUAUGGAGUGCCACUUUGACUCCAGAGCGCUGUGCGAGUUCGAAGGGAGGCAGUACGCUCUGGGUGAAACCUGGAUGAACAACGCAUGUAUGCAGUGCACCUGUCUGCACCCUGUUGGAGUCGGUUGCUGUGAGACGCUGCACCGUCCAGUGGAUUUCCCUGCGUGGUGUCAGGUGCGCGUGGAGCCCGUGACCUGCAAAGUGUCUCUGGUCCAGACUGCAGACCCCCGCCUGCCUUGCACCCCAGGAGAGGACAUGAGGGACCCGAGCCAUGGAUCUCUGCAUCUGCAGCAACAUCUGGAAGGGUAGAAAAUGCUCGGACUGAGACCUUUCUCUUCAGUCUGAAAAGGGAAAAUGAUAAUCAUUCUAGUUAAAAAUCAGCAAGCAUUUUUUUUUACACAAACUACAUUUAUACAUGAGGUUAAAGCAUCUGGAAUGUUUGGGCUGUAAUGAAGAAAAUGUAUCUGCACAAUUAUUAGUUAUUAGUAUUAUAAGCUUUUAGUUUUUUAAAGUGCUUUAUACUAAAACUGGCAUAUAUGAUUUUAGCAUAUGUUGUUUUCACAGUGUAUCAAUCAUGUAAUCUUUCUUUUCUUCAUCAUAACUU